AUGAGGGCGUUCGUAUUCGCGCUCAUCGCGACGAUCGCGACGGUUGUCGUUUCGGAGCCGAACGACCUGGCGAAAUCGCAGUUGAGGAUCUUCAAGUGUUGUCGAUAUGGCGAGGAGCUAAUUAAUGACGACGCGAACAGCAACGCGUUGCCGCGCUGCGUGCCAACGGAGAACAAGUGGAAAACUUUCAUUUUCUCGUUCGAGGAAAAGAAUUUCGUUGAACUGCCUGCCGAAUGGUACGUUAUCGAUGGCCAACGGCCGAAAUGCGACAACCGCUCGGAGCUGGUUCACGUACCAAACCGGCAUGCCAAUCCGUUCAUCCUGUUCACAAACGGUGAAGCGGUGCUCGAGCUCGAUCAAGCCAGUCAAGGUCCCUACUUUCCUCCCAGUCACUACUGCUCCGAUUCGAACGCCCUGCUCGUAUGCAUGCCGAAAAAAUCGGCAGGCAAUCACGCCGCCGCGACCAUGAGGCCGCGAGUGCGUCGUUGCUGCGGCGAGAAUGCCAGUUUCCACGAAGGCGGAAAUACCUGCGUAAUCAUGAAAGAGACUGCGGAUGCACCACCUUUACUUCCGAACGCAUCGUCCGCCAUCGAAAUCGUGACCGGAUUUCCUAACUGCCCAAAAUCCGACAAUUUCACGAUCGUCGGAAAUGCAAUGGAAGCUGAGAUGCAACCCGAUGGCAGCUUGGAGAUAAAUGGGGUCGUUUUACCUAACGGCCAGUUCUGCGUUGAAAGAAUUAAGGAACUCAACCAGAUCUCCAAGGUGUUCGCCUGUCCGGAACAUGCACCACAAAGACCUGCGGUAAAAGCAACGGACAUCAGAUUCACCCUGUAUCCCGUGGGUUUCAUCAUUAGCGCUCUCUUCCUGGCUGCUACUCUAGCGGCCGGUUGUUUACUGCCGGCCUCUCAUCACGUUUUGCAUUGGCGUUGCCAGACUCAUCAUGUCGCCUGUCUGAUGAUGGGCGAUAUUCUCAUGGCCAUCAUUCAACUCGCUGGGGAUUCCCUUCAUGGUGCAAGCUGCAAAGCGUUCGCGAUUAUGGCACACUUUUUCUUCCUGGCUGCUUUCUUCUGGCUGAAUACGAUGUGCUUCAACAUCUGGUGGACGUUCAGGGAUUUGCGACCAGUGAGCUUGGAAAAAGGUCAAGAGACCCUUAGGCUCAGGGUCUAUGCCUGCUACGCCUGGGGUGGGCCCUUCCUUGUCGCCGGUUUGGCUGCGCUUCUGGACCAUCUACCGCCUCAACCACAGUACACAUUUCUGAGGCCUCGCUUCGGUGAGAAGCAGUGUUGGUUCUACGGUGACAUGGAAAUCCUGGCGUAUUUCUUUGGACCAAUCGGAGUGCUUCUAGCUGUAAAUCUUAUGUUUUUCGCUGUAACUGCUCGCGAAUUGACGUGCGGUCUCUGGAAAGGCGAAUUCGUGAAAAGCACUACCGAGAGAGCGACGCUGGGCCGAAUAUGUAUGAAGCUGGUGAUUGUGAUGGGUAUUACCUGGGUUGCCGACGUCGUCUCAUGGGCUGUCGGCGGUCCGCAAUACAUCUGGUACUUCACCGAUCUGAUAAACGCCUUCCAGGGAGUGUUGAUUUUUGCGCAAACCAACGCCGGGAGACAGGGUAACGGUCACAGCACAACCAGCCACGGGAUGCCUAGCAUGGGUGACAGCGUAACGCAAAAUCCGAGCACUAAAACUGCUCCGUUAGAAACCAUCUGCUAGAAUGGGUUCUCCCUCCGAGUCGAUCUUUCGGCACUUAAAAAUCUCUCAUCAGUCAUCUCUGGUGAAA